AUGGCAGUCCGCGUGUCGAUGGCUGCCGCGAAUAUUGCGGGAAUCAGCUUCGCGGGGAAAUCGCCCCGCUGGGUGCCCAACUGGCCUUCUCUUUCGGGCAUAGACCAGAAGACUCUCGAAGAUAUAUUCGACCCUCGCCACGUGGAAGAGUACGUCCGUGGGGAUUUGCCGCCCAGUAUGGUGCGGAAAUUUGACCGCAGGAAGAGGCGUGUCGACGACCUUGUUGACCUCCUCCGCUACGCGUGGGCUCGGAAGCUUGAGCACGUCAGUGAGCUCGCCCGCCUUACACACGAGAAAGAGCUCCAUUCGGCGGUGUCGGCAGCACUGAGCGUGUCCACCGAUGUGGCCGAGGGGGCGGAGGGGGAGCCUGGACUCCUGGGUCCGACGCCGGCGGAGGAGUUUUUUUUUCUUUCUCCACCGGGCGCCGUCAACGCUGCCCCCCUCACGGGGGUCAUCAUCGCUGCUCCCGUCACGGGCAUCACGGGCACGGCAGGCCCACCCUCGGAUGUCCAAGUCGGUCCAACAGCCAUCCACGAAGCAAGCUGCGGACAAGGCCCGAAAGGCCACCGCGACCGAGCACCAGCGGCAGAGGAGGCAGGUUCGCCACCUCGCGAAGGAGGUAGCGUUGACCCGUGGCAGACUGUCUGCCGCACAGGCGCAGCUGAUCGUGGUACAGAACGAGGCUGCGGAAGCACUGGUCGUGGUACAGAACGAGGCUGCGGAAGCGCUGGUCGUGGUACAGAACGAGGCUGCGGAAGCGGCCCGGGAGGCCAACGCGACCGGGUACCAGCGGCAGCGGGGGCAAAUUCGCCACUUGGCCACGGAGCUCGAGGCCAAGCAGAAGCAGGUAGAGGCAACGUCACGGGCGCUAGCGGAGGCGCAGCGUGA